UGUCUGUGGGAACGGAGCGGAGGAGGCGGUUCUCUUCCCGUUCCCAUUCCCGCCGUGCGAGUGCGGGACUGGCGGCGGCAGGCUGGCCAUGGCCUCCAUGGCGGCGGCGAUCGCCGCCUCCCGCACGGCGGUGAUGAACGGGAACCGGCCGCUGGACGAGCGGGAGCGCAAGCGGUUCAGCUACUUCUCCUCGUUGAGCCCCAUGGCGCGCAAGAUCAUGGCGGAGAAGGAACGGAUCCGCGAGCGCUACGGGCCCGAGUGGGAGCGGCUGCCGCCCCGCCAGCAGGACGAGAUCAUCGACAAGUGCCUGGUGGAGCCGCACGUCCAGGCCCGCUACGCCGCGCACCGCGGUGCCCGACCGCCCGCGUCGCCUUCUUCCUAUCCCAGCCUGCGUCUCAACACGGGGCAGAAGGUGGUGCGCUUCGGCGACGAGGACAUAACUUGGCAAGAUGAACACUCGUCUCCGUUCUCCUGGGAAACAAAGAGUCAGAUGGAGUUCAGCAUUGCAUCUCUCUCCAUACAAGAGCAAGGUGGUGCCCAGUUGCAAAAUGAACAGAAGCAACCUGUUAAAGCAGCACCCGGCAUCCACGUCCCUAAAUCUUCUCAGGCCAUUAAGACCCCUGGCUCUGAUGGGUUGAUAGCAUCCAGAAAGGAAGAGGAGUCAUCUUUCUGGAAGAUAAAUGCAGAGCGCUCCAAGUUUGAAGGAGAUAAGUCUGAGUUCCAGUCCCUGACCCCCAGCCAGAUCAAGUCCAUGGAGAAAGGAGAGAAGCCCCUUCCCUCCUUUUACAGACCAGAGUCUGCUCCAAAGGAGAUGAGCAAAGCUGAGAAGCCCAGCAUAAGUAAAGCAGAGAAGUCUGUCGCCCCCAGCCCACCUUCUAUGUCUCUCGAGUGGGAGAAACUUCGACCUACUAGUUCUGUAGAUGACUUCUUUCUUCCCGAUCCACCACAAGAUCUGGGAUCUUCUAGGACAAACAAGGAAGAUACUGAUGGUACCAUACUUACAGACCCACAAAUGCCUGGACAGACUAGUACAAGCAAUGUUAUCUUGAAGACUGGCUUUGACUUUCUAGAUAACUGGUAAAAGAUACUUCAAAACAGAUCAAACCAAUUUUGGGGAAGGAGUGGAAUACAUUUCUCCCUGUAUGUUAAUUUACUAGUAUUUGUGUCUUUUUCUAGAAGUAACUUUCAAACUCUUAAAUGUUGCCUUUGUAUAAACUUUUGUAAUACCGUAUGCAUUUUUGUUUUUUAAACAGUGAUAGAAGUGUGGUUUCAUUUGGAUAUUUUUUAAUAUCUGUUAAAAUUUUUGGUAGCUACUGUAUUAAGAGGAUGGGAGAAGUUACUGUACACAUGUUGAAAAAAUGAGUCUCUGUAUCCUAGAAAUGGAACCUACAGGACCAGGUUGUUGUUUUCAGUUGAAACCUUGCUAGCAUGGCUUAUAAGAAAUAGUGUUGCACGUGCAGUGGUUCCAAGUAAGAAAACCAUUCCAUACUUCAGAUAGCUAGCAAAAACAGUAUGAAAAGCAAGCAUUUAUAGAUUUUGUUCAGUUUGAAAGUAACUUUUUAGUUUGAAAGUUCCACUUACUGCAAACACUUUUCUUCUGAAGAAGGCAAAGGCAUUGCCAAAAUGAUGGAUCCAAAAAAAAGCACUGUGUUUGUAUCCUACAAAUCUGCUAAAAUAACUUAAAGAGUGUUAGAAGAAUGACCUGGGGAAAUGAUGUUUCUGGUCUUUGGAUGGAAGACUUGGGUGUGGGUAGAGGAGAAUGGGUUAACACCCAGUGAACUGGAGAAAUUCUUCAGGGAACAUAAUUUCACUGCCUCCUUACUAGAGCAUAAUUCUUCAUAAUACUAGUGCUAGAACUACAGCACUGAGAAUUUCUGGAGCAUAGAUUACUUUUGUGUCAGGAAACCACUAUAUUUAUGGGAGGUCAUAGCAGUGUGAGGCUUUUUUGUUUAAGCAGCUUAUCGUCUCAAGGACUCAUCAACUGGUGCUUUUUCCUCCUCGUGGGUACAUCCUCUUUAGUGUUCGACAUCUGGGUUACAUUUAUUCCUAAGGUACAGAGAGGCAUCUCAAGGUGUCCCUUGGCAGUCUUGCCUCCAGCUCUGCUUUUGAAUGAUCUUUGGUGUUUAAAAUGUAGAGAACAAAAGUAGCUGUCGUUUGAAUCUGUUGUCUCUGAAAUGCAGCAUGAUUUACACACUGAUUCUCACUGUGUUUACCUCACCUUGAAGCCUUAAUUCCCCUGCGCACAGCCAGUGACUGGUCUGCUCCAAUGCCAAAGGUUUGACUUUUCCCUUUACCUCAGCAAUAGUCCCAUAGCAUUUGUUUGGGGUAGAAGGCAAAACACAAGGCUCCAGUGGGUCCCAGCCAAGGCUG